GAUAUACACAACCUCUUCUCUCUCUCUCUCCCGCACUCUCUCUCUCUCUCUCUCAAAGGAAAGAUGGUGAAGAAGUCGGAGAGCAGCUGCUCAAGGAAGAUAAUGAAUAAAGGAGCCUGGACGGCUGAAGAAGAUCGAAAGCUCUCAGACUACGUGAAAAUCCACGGUGAUAAGAAAUGGAAAUCUCUCCCAGCAAAAGCAGGUCUGAACAGGUGUGGAAAGAGCUGCAGGCUUAGGUGGAUGAAUUAUCUGAGACCCGGGAUUAAAAGGGGGAACAUUUCUGAAGAAGAAGAGGAUUUGAUUAGUCGUCUACACAACUUGAUUGGCAACAGAUGGUCCUUGAUCGCCGCAAGAUUGCCGGGCCGAACCGACAAUGAGAUUAAAAACCACUGGAAUACCCAUUUGAGCAAAAAAUCAUUGACGAUUACAGAACUCAACGACAAACUCAAUCACAAGUACGAGAGCGGCUGCGAUCCCUCGUCCGUAUCCCCUAGCGUGGGGCCCACUUUCCCAGCGGAUCCUGACACCAACGACGAAUCCAAGGGCUUCGAGAGUGCAGAAACGAAAUCUGAGACGUUGAGCAGCUUGCUCGAGAUCGACUUCGACGUAGAUGGUCUCUUCGACUUCGCGUCGGUGAUCAAUGUGCCGGAAUCUGACCCACAAGGCACCAAUGGAUUCGAAAUAGAAGGUCACGAUCUGAGAGGUCAGGGAAUUUUUCAGGAUCUAUUGAGCACAGAGCUGCAAGUAUCCAACGGUGGAUGCUCCGAUCAGCAGAUCGCCUGUGGCCAGCUGGAUUUUGACACGCUGUCAAGACUGUUAGAGUACGAAGAUGAUGCGUUCUUCUCUUUUUCCUAAGGAAAUAAUCUUGAUUAGGAGCUUUGCUAAUCCUACACACGUGUACAAAGGCAGCUCGUCUAGCCGACGCACAUGUGCCACAACGGCACGCUGGUACAGGAUCCAAUCCAUUCAUCAGUGGUCUACCAUUGUGUAGAUGCUCUGCUCGAAGAAUCAAGACAGCAAACUCGUUAGGUGGGCCACAUUUAACAAAACAAACUUAGGGCUGAAAAAAAUUGAGUUAUCUUACUUUCCAACUGUUUAUAACAUUGGCGACCACCUGAUGAAUGGAUCAGAUUUAUUUUUGUCUAAGAACAUCUAUACGAUCUCAACCACCAGACGUGCUGGCAUGCAGGCGUGUAUAUGAGCUGAUUUGUACACGCGUGUAGGUUAGUAAGGCUCCCUGAUUAGCGUACUAAAGUUCGGAAUUACCCUUUCUCCUGUACAAUAUUUAAACUGUGGAUUGAUUCUCUGAAAAGAGUUCGCUCUUUACAACGUAAAAGAGGAUUGCUUUCUAA